AUUAAAAAUCUAAUCUUAGAUCUUUAAACUCCAAGAGACAACACAUUCGUCCCUUUGUAUAUGUGACAUCAUACACGAUAAUAAGAUAUUAUUAAUCCCAAUCAUGUUGCACUAAAAAACAAGUUAUAUGAAUCUAAGAUGUUUCAUAUAAAUACACACAUUUUACCAAUACAGAGUGCAUCAAAUACACUAACGUAUCAAAUAAAGAUAAAGAGAGAAGAUAAAAAUGGAGUGUUCCAACAUGAAGCAACAUCAUCAGCAAGGUGGAUAUGCAGAGCCAAGGAUCUCCUUCUCCAGCGGUUUCGCAGCGACCAAGAACGAAAUAAUCAAGUACAAGGAGGCACCUGUGUCGUCAGAUGAUUUCGAGUUCGGUGUCAAGAACUGCUCCAUGACCACAGCAGAUGAAAUCUUUUGCGAUGGCAUGAUCCUACCUCUCAAGGAAGAAGUCAACACCACGAAGAGAAUGCCAACUUUGAGAGAAGAACUCAACGAAGAAGACGAUGAUUCACCUAGAACCAAAUCAAAAGGGUCGAGUGGUUGGUGGAGAGAGAGAUUAGGGUUAGGAUUCUCGAAGUCCAAGAAAGAUCACAAGAGAAGUUCUUUUUAGAAGCAACAUUAUAGGUUCUGAUUGAUUGCUUAAUUUUUCUUUAAUGUGUGUUUCUAUGGUUUUUCACCUCUUCACUGUUCCUCAACGAUGUAAAAAGAUUGUUUGCGGUUGAAGAAUUUAUUCUGUCCAAUGUUCUAUUUUCCAUAAGCUUCAGAAGAAAAAAAUGGCGACAUCGAUUUUUCUUUCGAACUUCUCAUCACUCAUUAAUCUUUAAAUUAGAAUUGCAAAAUUAUAUCUCUAAGAUGCUACUAUUUAAAUAUUCGGAGCAUUCCCAACACUUCAAAUGUUUAUUUCGUGACAAUUAAUUAGGUGGAAACCGUACGUGUAACAAGAAGUUUUCACUAAUGUCAUUUUACAGCAUCAUUUAACACUGAUAAUUAAAAAAAAAAAAAUUAUUUAUGGAAUACAUUUCUAGAUAGAUUAACAUGAUAUAUGUAGCUAGGUCACAUGUGGGAUGUGGCGAUCAUGUAUGUACACAUACUAUUUUAUGUCUCUGGUGUAAUUAAGUAGCUCAUAGAACUUUCAACUUUAUUUAAAUGGCAAGAAAGUAGGAAGUUUUAGUUUUAUACAUUACCAAAAAACAAAAGAGAAAGUGAUAUUUUCUUUUAGAAUUAGGUUAACUCAGUGAUUGUUCUUUUCUAUGUGUUGUUUUGGUCUUGAUAUUGCAGAAACUGGACGUAGAUUUUCUAAAGGUCCC